AGCGCGCUCAGUCUGGCGGCGGCGGCCGUGCGCGCACUGACGUGCCGAGCGCCGCACAGCCCGCACCGAGCCGCGCUGCCACCGGGCCGCGCCGCCGCCCGCCAUGGUGUCAUGGAUCAUCUCCAGGCUGGUGGUGCUCAUAUUUGGCACCCUCUACCCUGCGUACUACUCCUACAAGGCUGUGAAGUCCAAGGACAUUAAGGAGUAUGUCAAGUGGAUGAUGUACUGGAUCAUAUUCGCACUUUUCACCACGGCAGAGACAUUCACAGAUAUCUUCCUGUGCUGGUUCCCAUUCUACUAUGAACUGAAAAUUGCAUUUGUGGCCUGGCUGCUGUCCCCCUACACAAAAGGCUCCAGCCUCCUGUACAGGAAGUUCGUACACCCCACGCUGUCCUCGAAAGAGAAGGAAAUUGAUGACUGCCUGGUCCAGGCGAAAGACAGGAGCUACGAUGCCCUCGUGCACUUCGGGAAGCGCGGCUUGAACGUGGCAGCCACAGCCGCUGUCAUGGCUGCUUCCAAGGUGGCUCGACUCUUUCACUUUGCCUCCUCUCUGGACCACAGGGAAGGGCAGGGCCAGGGCGCCUUGUCAGAGAGACUCCGGAGCUUCAGCAUGCAGGACCUCAGCACCAUCAGGGGAGACGGCGCCCCUGCUCCCUCUGGCCCCCCUCCACCUGGGCCCGGGCGGGCCAGCGGCAAACACGGCCAGCCCAAGAUGUCGCGGAGCGCUUCCGAGAGCGCCAGCAGCUCAGGAAUGCCACUCUGGACCCAGCCAGGUGGAGUGCUUAGGACUGGGCCUGGGGCCAACGUGCAGAGACCACCGUUACCCAUGAUGUGUGCACCUGCUGCGCCACCUGCAGGACCCGGAAAGACUGUACAUGCACAUUCAGUGGUUGAGGGAGAUGUGGACGAGGGUGGUGUGAAGGCCUGGGAGCCCCUCCAGGCCCACAACCCACUGGCGUUCUCUGACGACGAGGAGGAGGACCUGCUGGAUUUCAUGUACAAGUAUAAAGCACCAAAGAGGAUGGAUCCGCCCCUGGAGGCACCGCCUAGACUCCUGCGAUCCCGCUUCAGGAAGAAGAGUACCUCGUCCUCGGCCACCGAAACCACGUGAGUGAGAUGAGCCAUCGGCACCGGAUCCACAGAGCGUCUCUCCUCUGCCUUAAAGAGCUGGUCACCAUCCAGAUCCACGCGCGGACUCCACCUUGCCUCACGCCCUUCGCCUCUCUCGGGAUUUCUCUUUCUUCCCUCCCCUUUUCUUCUCUUCUUCCUUUGUUUUGCUGGGGAGAAGCUAAGGGAAAGGUGAUAAUGGGGUGACUGUCAUGCCUUCUGAGGUCGGUAUGUCCCCUCCACUGGAUGGUCACUACAGAGAGCAGUGUGCUUUCAGAACGUCAGAGAUCUCCCCUGUGCUGCUGAGUUGUACACUUGUAAUUUAUCUGUUGCAGACUUAGUUUUUAGUCCUGUAAAUACAAACAAAGCAAUUUUUUUAAAAACUUUUUUUUUUUUUUUUGCUCUUGGUACUACUCCUUUGGACUCUGAUGAACAUAUUUAUGGCUUUGGCUUAACAUAAUGAACUUGCAAGGGCUGCCAGAGGUUCCAAUAAGUGAGAAAACUGUAAAAACAGAAUUGUUAAAAAAAAAAUCAAUUCUAGA